UUUUCCGGUACAUGCUUAAAUGCGUUUUACCAGGGGAUAUUUAAGCGUAUGUCUUCCACAUGGCUUUGAUCCAUCAAUAUGUUUUCUAAACAUUGCGAAAAAAGUCUCACGGAUUUUGCAUACGUAUUGAAUGUAUUGUUAUCGGGAAAUUUAUUUAAUAAUUUAUGUGAUAAAUCUAGGUAUAUGCUUAAGUUGCAGAUAUAUUAUGUAUCAAUACAAUUAAGUAUAAAAGAACACUUUGUAGUAUCCAGGAUUUUAACUUUUCUAUUAAAGUGUUAAGUAAGUUAUUGUUACAGUUAUCGGUUUUAUUGAACAAAGUUAUACAAAGUAACAAGAACGCUACGUUGAUGAAUACACAAUAGAUGGAUUAGUAUUACAAAAAGGGAGCACUAUAAAGCAUGGGAAUGAACUAGUUGAAAACUCUUUAAAUUGUUCUUAUUCUUCUAUUAAAGAGAUUAACAAUUUUAUGCCGUCUAAUUUUACAUAAUAUAAUAUAAUUUCUCACCGGCGCGUGUCUUCAAUUUACUAAUGUUGUCAAACGUACUUUAACAACUGGCGGAUGUUACUUUUAGCGAUGAAAGAGGAAUGCGGAUUACAAGACGUGCAAUAAAAAGCAAGUUAUUGAUGAAGAAAAGUUAAAACAUUAAGCAAACUGAAAUAUUAGCAUAUGUGGAAAGUAUAUGGAAAUUAUUAUUAGAAACAAUAAAAAUUGAUGAACACAGCAUCAUCAUUAAACCAAAACGGUUCUUUGAAAAUAUAAACGGAAUAGCAUUACAAAUAAUACUGAGUUUCAUUCAAAAGCUAUUUUAGCGAGUUUGGAAACGGUGAGACAUAUGCAACAAUGAGUCUGAAUCCUGCUCUCGGACAUCUCUAUCAUGACGACAGAAUAAACGGCGUUUUUACAGCACUUGACGUCAAGGACAAACUACGCACGCGUGAAAUUAACGCGCGUGAGUCGAAACAGUUUGAAAAGUACGAAAGCAUGGUAAACCGCGCUAUGUCCGUGUGCAGGCGAAGGUACGAGUACGAGCAAAGACACGUCAGAAACAAUCUAAGUGACAUAAGGUGGAAAACGCCGACGUUGACUUCGAGUCUCCGACGCGAAAGUGAACGUACGCGAGAACACGAACGUCCACAUACGUAUAACGGACGCGUCAGUUUACCUGACGUGAAUCGCAAACAUGACGCUAGUCCGGACAGUAGGAAAGAAUUGGUGCUUGUGAGUUCUUGGUCCGUCUUUUCCAAUAAAAGGACACGGACGUUUUCGGCGCCUGAGCAAACUACAUACGCUCGUUCUGCUAGUUCCAGGGGAAGCUUGAACCAAGUAUCUAGCCGGGCUCGUGCUUUUACGAAGAAAACACAGCAGGUUACACAUAACUUGCAUCGCCUCUAUAAGAAUAGCGUUGAACGCAAGUUGAAAGAACAUAAUACAACUGUAUUGGACAUUUUAGGCCGUGAAUCAAAAGAAGAACUAGAAAAGGCGUUAUUCGUUUUACGCGGAACACCGGCCGGGGAUGCCAUAGAAGACAUCUUACGUGCGCGACAGUUUGUAUCAAAUGGGAAUAAUAACUCGUCAUUGGCAAAACGGACAGUGUCUGAUAUAUUUGUAACCCAGUUGGACACGGACGAAAACAAGGCGCAGUCGGUUGUUUCUCUAGAAUCUGAGGGUACCAGCCUUCCUACACUGACCUCAGGAACGGGCAAUUUGUUUAUUAGAGGCAAUAUUGACCGAAACAAUAAUGAAUUCGCAGAAUCGCCCACCAACAAAAGCAUUUCAACCUGUCAAGAUAUAAAAACGGCGCUUUCUGAUAAUGUGUUUGAUUCGGAAGACCCGCAAUUGAUGUCGUCAGUGCUAGGAAACGCCUCUGACACAGACCCCUGUCCCAAAUCGAUUAAAUGGACGGAGAUUUUUAAAGCGCCUGAGUUGUGGCGUCAGCAGCAUCGGAAUGUCCGAACCGAUUUUAAGACCCCGCGGGCCGUGAGUCUCGUCACUCUCACCGGCAAGAGGACGUCAAACGAUGUUGAAACGAUGAAAACUUUUUUCUUUGAAAAAUAGUAUACAAUUUUAUAUUCCUGUUAAUGACACAAACGCGUUUAUCUCGUUACAUAAAAUUAUGUUGUUGUUGUGUUUUGUGUGUGCUCUGGUCAAAUGUCACGGCAAUUUUGUGUUUCUUUCCUUUUAUCUAUUAAAUAUGUGUACACAACUUGUAACAAUUAUAUUUGAUGUAUUUAAUGUAAAAUAAAUAAGCAUUAAUAUGUUUUAAAUGUGAUUCGACACUGUUCCAUCGUUCGAUUGGAUAUAUGUAACUUAAACUAAAAUAUAAUUUAGCCGUGCUGUGUGAAAAUGGGGUUUAAUGCAUGUGCGUAAAGUGUCGUCCCUGAUUAGCAUGUGCUAAUCAGGAACGACACUUUUCGCCUAAACUGGAUUUUGACAAAGAAGAGACUUUCUCGAAACGAAAAAUAUCAUAAAAGCGGAAAGUGUCGUCCCUGAUUGGCCUGUGCGGACUUUACGGGCUAAUCCGGGACGACACUUUACGCACAUGCAUUAAACCCCUUUUUUCUCAGAGCACGGCCCAUAUAUAUAUAUAUGAAUUAUUUUAAACGUGUAAGUGUACUUAUACUAUUUAAACUACGUGAUAUGAAUGAAUUUGUGUUUGUAAAGGCUCACUUAUAAUUUUUAUAAUAAAAUACUAAAAAACUAUAAA